UGAAUAUUAUCCAAUAAUAAAAGAUAAAUCCACCGCACAAUGUACUGAUUAUACAAAACCGGAAUGCUGAUCCUCUUCUGAAUACUCGAUUCGGUGAGCAAUGUCAGUCUACUUGCAAUCUCCGCUCUCUUCAGCUCUCUCUUCCUCCUCUUCGCUUCAGAGAAGAGGAGUGAGGUUCACAACUGGAUCGGGAGUUUCCAAUCUACUCUUCAAGUUCCAGAGAUCAUCGCUUCCUCAAAUUCGUGCUUCUACUGGCUCCCCUUCCUCGAUAGGUUUGAGAACCGAAUUGGAUGCUGUGUCUAGCUUCAGCGAAAUCGUUCCAGACACUGUCAUUUUCGAUGAUUUCGAGAAGUUUCCUCCAACUGCUGCUACUGUCAGCUCUGCGCUUUUAUUGGGCAUAUGCAGUCUUCCUGAUACAAUAUUCAGAAAUGCUGUGGAUAUGUCUUUGGCGGACUCGGGUUGUUCUGAACUUGAUAAUCCUGAACUGAGAUUGUCCUGUUUUGUUAACAAGGCUUUAGUGAAUGUGGGAGGGGAUUUGGUGAAGCUGGUUCCUGGCCGAGUUUCAACUGAAGUGGAUGCACGCCUUGCUUAUGACACACAUGGAAUUAUUAGAAAGGUGCAUGACUUGUUGACGUUGUAUUAUGAAAUUGAUGUUCCCGCUGAGCGCUUGUUAUUUAAGAUUCCUUCGACUUGGCAAGGCAUAGAGGCAUCAAGACUGUUGGAAUCUGAGGGCAUACAGACACAUAUGACUUUUGUUUAUAGCUUUGCUCAAGCUGCAGCUGCGGCCCAAGCUGGUGCGUCUGUUAUACAGAUAUUUGUUGGCCGCGUCAGGGAUUGGGCUCGCAAUCAUUCUGGUGACCCUGAGGUAGAAGCUGCUCUUCAAAGAGGAGAAGAUCCUGGCUUGGCUUUGGCUACAAAGGCUUAUAAUUACAUUCACAAACAUGGACAUAAAUCAAAGUUGAUGGCCGCUGCAGUUCGUAACAAGCAAGAUUUGUUCAGUCUUCUAGGGAUUGACUACAUUAUCGCACCAUUAAAGGUAUUGCAGUCUCUCAAGGAAUCCAUCACAGCUCCUGAUGAAAAGUACUCUUUUUUAAGGAGGCUUUCCCCAGAGUCUGCUGCCAACUACAAUUUCAAUGAAGAAGAGGUUCAUGGUAACAAAUUCAAGUCAUGCAGGGUCUCCUGUUGAUCCUAGCUGAAAAUUUGAGAAGAGAUGGAAACAAAAGGGAACCGAUACUGAUGGUCACUGAACUUAAUUAUGUUCAAUCAAAAUAUGGCACAUCUUUUAGGAUGAUUUCACAGACACAAUGCACACAAGCUUUCUGUUUUAUGCCAGACUCGUUAUUUGUGGCAGUAUUUUGCUAAAUGGGUGUUUGAUUCGACGUCAUAAACAGAACAUACGACUUUUUCAAACUUUUACAGCAAUUUUUUUGUGUGAACUGGCCGAACUGGUUAUCGUAGUAGAUUCUGACCAAAAUGAAGAUCUGCUUACU